CGUGUGACGUCACCUCUGUGCGCCGGCCAGGUUCAGGUUUGGACGCAUCAUGGAGCCUGUACCUCGCAGCAUCUCUGUGCACAAUUUCAAUGAGAGGAUUAGUGAGCAGACUGUCCAUUUCCAUGUGAUGGCCAUGCAGGACUGCUUCUUCCUCUGGGUCGGAAUAUCAGCCACACUCAGCAGUAUGGCUGUAGCUAUGUGCAGCAGAUUUGUGAGUUUCUUAUAGUCAGACAUUACUAGUUUCAGUUAAAGGACUUAGUAGGCAGAAAUUAACUGCAUUCGUUUUAUUUAUUUUUUUUUAAAUUCUUUAUUUUUGUAGUGCGUAGAGGUAUAACAAUGAGCAUGCGGUACCCCAACGGCAUUCCUCAUGCUUUCAAGUAAUAAUGGUAACAAUAGGGUACAUGUUAAUACGUGCACAUUUUAUAUGUUAAAUGAUUAUGAAGCUUGUCAGUCAGACUCGAUAACUUGGUGGUGUUUAAACAGGCUUAGACAAUGUAGUAACAUCUUGAAAUUUCAACAGGCUAAAGCUUACAACAUAGUGAAUAAGUUACAUUAAGCAGUGGGUGAGUAUAUAUAUCUGCAUUUAGAUAAUUUUUGGCCGCUUUCUUUCAGUUUGAUAGAUAAUAGAUGAAAGGUAGCAAAGUUGUAGCUAUGCAACUACGUCUGUCUUAUUGCUUUACUUUAUCUGAUAACAGUGGCUUAAUAUUUACGUAGCGUGUCAUCGCUAUACUAUCUAGGCCUCGUCUUGGUUAUGCUGAAUAGUGUAUAAGUGAGAGGCAUAUCUGUAAUGUAGCAACUGCUGGAUCGAGUAGUCAUGACACGUAGUAGGUAACACAGAAGGAUUGUGUUGCAGAUUAUGUUAGGGUGAGCAAUGCUGACUACCGGGGAACGGGUAAUGCCAUGAAGGUUUUAUCAUACCUAAAAUUUUCCUUUAAUACAGGGUGCCACCAGGCAGGGCGUCUUACAUUCCUGUGUGACCUUUAUAUAAAUACUGCUAAACCACAGUUAAACUAUGUACAGGAUUGUGUGCAGGAUAUUCUGUGACUGCAUUUGUAGCGCUAUCUGUUGCAGUGAGUCGUGGCAUAUCAUACUUCAUGCUACUUAUUAUGAAUGGCUGGGGUCACUGCCAGCUCCAUCUCGGCGUAAAGCGUGAGAUAGUUGGGUCAUACACAAAUGGAGAAAGAUAUUUCAAUCACCUUGCUAUAACUUUAAGGAGAGAAAAAAAAAUAAAAAAAUAAAAAAAUAAAAAAUUAUAUAUAAUAAGAAUAAGAACUCAAAUUAACUUAAAGUCACAAAGUGAAGUAGCUUGAGGGUCGUUUCAGUCACCCUCGGUCUCGGUCAGAGCGUCUCUCGUUGUUUCAUGUGGUCGCUGCAGCAUACGGUUCCCCUGUGUUUCGUCGAGGUGUGAACGGGGUAAUUUUGCUUGGAUUCCAGGUAUGCUUGUGUCUGGGUUCAGGUUGUUGCUGAGGGUUGAUUAGAAUGUCCUGCGGCAGUCCCAGAUCCCUCAGGAGUGUGUCUGCCUCUCGUAGGUCUUGGAUUUGGUAUGUGGUCUCUCCGUGUAUGAUCUGAAGCGUGCGGGGCAUUCGCCAGCGGUACUCGAUGUUUCGCUGUUGGAGCAUGGAUGUGAGGGGCUUGAGCGACCUCCGCCAGGCCAUCGUGCUGCCGGACAGGUCAUUAUAGAAUUCCAGUGCCAUGUUUUCAAAACGAUAGUUUGGCCUACCCCUGAUUGCCUUCAGGAUCGCCGCCUUGUCUGUUCCGUGCCUGAAUUGAAUUAUCAGGUCACUUGAUGUCGACGGUGGGGCUCUAGCUGGUUUGGGGAUUCUAAAAAGCCCGUCCAGGGGUGUUGCUUUCGCCUGUUUUUGUGGUAGGAGGUCCCCCAUCAUUCUCCGCACCAGGUGUGGCAGCUCCGCUUCAGGGACAGCAUCAGGUACCCCCCGGAGCUUCAAAUUAUUCCUCCGCCGUAGGUCUUCUAGAUUUGCAAAGCGGCAUUCGUGGGUCUGGUUCUGCCGCUGGAGGUCUUGCACCGCUUUCUCCAGCACCUGUAUACGCUGAGAGUCCUGGUGAGUGGUGGUUUCCAGCUUGUCAAUUCGGCCUGUCAGUCCUUGCAGCCCUCCCCUGAUUGUGGCAAUGUCAGCCUGCAGGGUGGUCUGUAGGUCGGCAAGGAGACCCUUGAGCGCCGAUAGUGUGACCGGGGAUGUGUCCGGUUUCGUCGGUGGGGGUUUAGCCGGCGUGAGUUCAGGCGUCUCUUCCUCUUCGGAAGCCAGAUCGUCCGAAAAAUCGAAGCAACCGCCCGACAGGUCGGCCAUCUUGGGCCCGGCCGCGCCAUGUGCUAGGCGCCACAUUUCUCCGAUAUUCAUCCCAAGGUGGGGUUGAUCCUGCUUGGGUUUUUUGGUUUUGCGUCCCAUAGUCGUUAGGUGUGUGGGUCCGACGUCUGGGGGCUCGUUAUGGCCGGGGGUGACCCUAAAAAUUACGAUUUUGUCCGCUUUUGGGUCGGAGCUGCAGUGUCGUGCGACUUCUCUCUCUGGUGGCUAGGCUCCGCCGCAUUCGUUUUAUUUAAAUUCCAUUAUAAAUAUUUACACUCUGCACCAUAACAUUUGGAAUGAUGCAAAAUUGUAGUGCAGGUGCUUAGAGGGAUUUAAAGGAUCACUAUAGUGUCAGGAAAACAAACUCGUUUUCCUGACACUAUAUCAUCCUUAGGACCCCCCCUCAUGGUCCCCCUCCCUUGGCGCUGAAGGGGUUAAAACCACUUCAGCCACUUACCUUUAACCGGCUCCCUCUGCGCUGGUAAUCUCUCCUCCCCCGCCGAUGUCAGCUCCCAGGUGGAGCAGAACGCGCAUAUGGGGCAAUUGCCCCGCGCGCCAUCAAACAGUCUAUAGGAAAGCAUUUCUUAAUGCUUUCCUAUGGAAGUUCCUUUACGUUGGAUACGAUUCAGAAGCGCCUUUAGCGGCUGUCGUUGUUGAGGAGCCAACUCGUAAAGAGGCCAUGCUAGAUUUAGUGUUAACAAAUGGAGAUUUGGUAUCAGAUGUUACUGUAGGUGAAAGUUUAGGAUCCAGUGAUCAUCAGUCAGUGUGGUUUAAUAUAAGAACAGUGACUGAGUCACACCACACAAAAACAAAAGUUUUAGACUUUAGAAAAACAGACUUUUCUAAAAUUAGAAUAUGUGUAGAGGAGUCAUUAUCAGACUGGAGCAAUUUAAAUGGAGUCCAAGAGAAAUGGGAUUAUUUAAAAGUUGCACUAUUGAAGGCAACAGAAAAUUGCAUUAGGCUUGUCAGUAAAAGCAAAAAAUUCAAGAAACCACUGUGGUACUCCGCAGAUGUGGCCAAAAUAGUUAAAAACAAAAAGUUAGCAUUUAGGAAUUAUAAAAAAACCCAGAGUGAGGGAGACAAAAUGAUCUAUAAGAUUAGGCAGAAAGAGGCUAAGCAAGUUAUAAGAGCUUCCAAAUCACACACAGAAGAGAAAAUAGCACAGUCAGUAAAAAAGGGGGAUAAAACAUUUUUUAGAUACAUAAAUGAGAAAAGAAAAGUAAAACAAGGAUUAGUUAGAUUAAAAACAAAAGAAGGAAGGUAUGUAGAAGAGGAUAAAGGUCAGGCUGACUGCCUCAAUGAAUAUUUUUGUUCUGUAUUUACAGAUGAAAAUGAAGGAAAGGGACCUCAGUUGAGAAAAAGGAUAAAUGAGUCAUUUAUUACACGUGAGUUUACAGAGGAAGAGGUUCUAUUUCAACUGUCAAAAGUAAAGACAAAUAAGUCAAUGGGACCUGAUGGAAUACACCCAAAGCUAUUAAAAGAGCUUAGUGGUGUACUAGCAAAACCAUUAACAGAUUUAUUUAACCAAUCAUUGUUAACAGGAGUAGUCCCAGAAGAUUGGAAGUUAGCGAAUGUUGUGCCCAUUCACAAGAAAGGUAAUAGGGAGGAGUCGGGCAACUAUAGGCCAGUAAGCCUUACUUCAGUAGUGGGGAAAGUGAUGGAAACCAUGUUAAAGGAUAGGAUUGUUGAACAUCUAAAACACAUGGAUUUCAAGAUCAGAGACAACAUGGGUUUACUUCAGGGAGAUCAUGCCAAACUAAUCUUAUUGAUUUUUUGAUUGGGUAACUAAAAUUAUAGAUCAGGGUGGUGCAGUAGACAUUGCUUACCUAGAUUUCAGUAAGGCUUUUGACACUGUUGCACAUAGAAGGCUUAUCAAUAAACUGCAAUCUUUAAGUUUGGAUUCAAAUAUUGUUGAAUGGGUAAGGCAGUGGCUGAGUAACAGGCAACAGAGGGUUGUAGUUAAUGGAAUAUAUUCGAAGCUUGGACUUGUCACCAGUGGGGUACCUCAGGGAUCUGUACUUGGACCCAUUCUCUUUAAUAUUUUUAUUAGUGAUAUUGCAGAAGGUCUUGCUGGUAAGGUAUGUCUUUUUGCUGAUGAUACUAAGAUAUGUAACAGGGUUGAUGUUCCAGGAGGGAUAAGCCAAAUGACAAAUGAUUUAGGUAAACUAGAAAAAUGGUCAGAAUUGUGGCAACUGACAUUUAAUGUGGAUAAGUGCAAGAUAAUGCAUCUUGGACGUAAAAACCCAAGGGCAGAGUACAGAAUAUUUGAUAGAGUCCUAACCUCAACAUAUGAGGAAAGGGAUUUAGGGGUGAUUAUUUCUGAUGACUUAAAGGUAGGCAGACAAUGUAAUAGAGCAGCAGGAAAUGCUAGCAGAAUGCUUGGUUGUAUAGGGAGAGGUAUUAGCAGUAGAAAGAGGGAAGUGCUCAUGCCAUUGUACAGAACACUGGUGAGACCUCACUUGGAGUAUUGUACACAGUACUGGAGACCGUAUCUUCAGAAGGAUAUUGAUACCUUAGAGAGGGUUCAGAGAAGGGCUACUAAACUGGUUCAUGGAUUGCGGGAUAAAACUUACCAGGAAAGGUUAAAGGAUCUUAACAUGUAUAGCUUGGAGGAAAGACUAGACAGGGGGGAUAUGAUAGAAACAUUUAAAUAUAUAAAGGAAUCAACACAGUAAAGGAGGAGACUAUAUUUAAAAGAAGAAAAACUACCACAACAAGAGGACAUAGUCUUAAAUUAGAGGGACAAAGGUUUAAAAAUAAUAUCAGGAAGUAUUACUUUACUGAGAGGGUAGUGGAUGCAUGGAAUAGCCUUCCAGCUGAAGUGGUAGAGGUUAACACAGUAAAGGAGUUUAAGCAUGCGUGGGAUAGGCAUAAGGCUAUCCUAACUAUAAGAUAAGACUAGGGACUAAUGAAAGUAUUUAGAAAAUUGGGCAGACUAGAUGGGCCGAAUGGUUCUUAUCUGCCGUCACAUUCUAUGUUUCUAUGUUUCUGUCAGGAAGACAGCCACUAGAGGUUGGAUUAACCCUGCAAUGUAAACAUAGCAGUUUCUCUGAAACUGCUAUUUUUACAUCUGAAGGGUUUAAACAUGGGGGACCUGGCACCCAGACUACUUCAUUGAGCUGAAGUGGUCUGGGUGACUAUAGUGGUCCUUUAAGUGGAUCUUUAUUUGAAUAGGAACUAAUUUUCAAUUUUAAAUUGUUUGCAGUCUGCUACUGUACUUGGAGAACACCCGUGGUAAAGAUUAAUUUGCUACAUUACACAAAUUUGCCUGCAAAUUAGUGUAUAUAUUACUUCCCAUUAUACUAUAUGGGCAAUCACUUUAGUUAUUCACCCUUGUCAUUUCAUAGAAAACAUUGAUAAUCCCAUUUAAUCUCCAUUUCAAAAAUUGAUACUGAACUUGGAGAGUAUGCCAGGAAAAGCUUCAUUUGAUGUUUCACAGUUCAGAUUCCAAGUCACAUAUUGCUUCUCAUUAUAUUCUAUGGGCCAUUGUAUCAUUUACCUGUCAUCCCAUAGAAAAGAGCUAUAAUUACCAGAUUUUACUAUUAAUAUGACGUAAAGUCAUGAUUUUAUGAUUUUAUUAAUGACACAGAGGUGAGUAUUAUGCGUUCUCUUUCUUUAUUUACUCCCAGCAGCAAGAAUGGAAGUAUGAGAGAAUCAUAGAAAAAACAUAACGAUAGCAUAGUAACACUGGGACCAAUCAGGAUCCAAUACUGUCCAUAUGGGUGUGGUGCUUCCUCUUUUUGUGUAGAUCCCAAAGACCAUUAUUGUAGGGUCCAAAGUAUUCCAACAAAAAACUCGAACUCCCGAAACAAACACAUCUGGUAAUUUUAUUAAAGACAUGGAUGCUCCUAUUAUGCUAUUUUAAAGCUGAGCAACAGUCAAAUUGGAAAUACAGGUGAUGAUUAAAAAAAUUAGAAUAUGGUGCAAAAGUUCAUUUAUUUCAGUAAUGCAACGUAAAAGGGGAAACUAAUAUAUAAGAUAGACGCAUUACAUGCAAAGCAAGAUAGUUCAAGCCGUGAUUUGUCAUAAGUGUGAUGAUUAUGGUUUACGGCUCAUGAAAACCCCAAAUCCACAAUCUCUGUAAAUUAGAAUAUUGUGAAAAGGUGCAAUAUUCUAGGCUAACAGUGUCCCACUCUAAUCAGCUAAGUAAGCCAUAACACCUGCAAAGGGUUUUGGAGCCUUUAAAUGUCUCUCAGUAUGGUUCAGUAGGAAUCACAAUCAUGGGGAAGACUGCUGACCUGACAGUUGUGCAGAAAACCAUAAUUGACCCCCUCCAUAAGGAAGGAAAGCCUCAAAAGGUAAUUGCGAAGGACGUUGGAUGUUCCCAAAGUGCUGUAUCAAAGCACAUUAAUAGGAAGUUAUGUGGAAAGGAAAAGUGUGAAAGAAAAAGGUGCACAAGCAGCAGGGAUGACCGCAGCCUGGAGAGGAUUGUCAGGAAAAGGCCAUUAAAAAGUGUUGGUGACUUUCACAAAGAGUUGACUGAGGCUGGAGUCAGUGCAUCAAGAGCCACCACACAGACGGAUCCUGGACAUGGGCUUCAGAUGCCAAGCCGCUCCUGAACAACAAACCACGCCAGAAGCGUCUUACCUAGGCUAAAGAAAAACAGACCUGCUCUGUUGCUCAGUGGUCCAAAGUCCUUUUUUCUGAUGAGAGCAACUUUGGCAUCUCAUUUGGAAACCAGGGACCCAGAGUCUGGAGGAAGAAUGGAGAGGCACACACUGCAAGAUGCUUGAAGUCCAGUGUGAAGUUUCCACAGUCUGUGUUGAUUUGGGGAUGUCAUCUGCUGGUGUUGGUCCACUGUGCUUCAUUAAGUCCAGGGUCAUGACAAAUCACGGCUUGAACUAUCUUGCUUUGCAUGUAAUGCGUCUAUCUCAUAUAUUAGUUUUCCCUUUUACAUUGCAUUACUGAAAUAAAUGAACUUUUGCACAAUAUUAUAAUUUUUUGAGUAUCACCUGCAUGUUGCGCCAGACGAAAAUAGAAAUUACGAACCGUAGAUUCAUUCGACCAGUCAACCGCUCGUAGGAUGUCUUCCAAUCUACAACCUAUCAUGGAAGCCUUAGAAGCCAUAGCCCCACGAAUGGAGUGGGAAGAAAAAAAUGUGUCUAUGCCUGCCACGGACAAUAACCACUUGAUCCAACAAGCUAAAGUAGGAGUAGAUACUGGUAGAUGUGCCACUCGAGAGGAGAUGACUAAUGGAUGGAGAUGAUUUGAACGGAGCGAGAUCGUACGGCGCUCGUAUUCCUUAAGACAUAAUGCUGCGCACAGUUUUGGGUUGUCUGGAAAUGAUGGGUAAAAAGCUCCUUAGUCACAGAUUUUGUCCUACGUGAAACAUUAAAGGAUACUCCGUUUGGAACAAAAAUGCGUGCUUGCCAGUCCAACGCUCUGACAUCAGCAACAUCUUUACAUGAAAGUAAACAAAACAGCAUCAAGAGCUUGGCUAAAAAUUGUUUAAGAGAAAAUUUGUGAUUCAAGGGCCAAGACUCGACAAAAUGAAAAAUCACAUUAACAUCCCAAAAGGAAGAAUAUCGAGCCUGAGGGGGUCGAGAAAACCAGAUGCCUUUGAGCAAACGACAGAUGAGGGCAUGUUUACCUAUUGGAGUACCAUCUAAACCCAUAUGUCUCGCUGAUAUAGCUGAUCUGUACAGGUUUAUAGUAUGAAAAGCUUUUCCCUUUUCGAAGAGCAGAGUGAGAAAUUGCAAGAUUGAUUUCACAGGAGCUGAUAUGGGAUCCACCGAUUGUCCCACACACUAAUCAGUCCACUUUCUCCAGGCCGACCUGUAAGAGCGUCUGGUGCCCAAGCCUCUGCCAAGAAACUGAGUGUUGUCUGCGAAACAUCCUCUAGAUUCCAUGAUCUCCUGAAAUGAGCCUUGCCAUCAGAUGAAGUAGAUCCUGGUCGAUCAACCUGUGACUCACUCCCUCUGGAUUGGUCAGAAGGUAGGGCAUGUCCUGCAAUAGAAGUGGAAAGUCUAUCGACAUUUCCAAUAGUUGUGGGAACCAAGGUUGUGACCUCCAUAUCUGGGUUAUCAGAACUAGGGUCCCUUUGGAAUAUUGAAGGAAUGCGAGUGUCCGAGAGAUUAGGUUGAAAGGUGGAAAAGCAUAAUUGUAAGAUUACAUCUGUCACCAGAGCAUCUGGGUCCGGUCUCCAACUGAAGAACUGAGGAAGUUGGGAAUUCAGCCGAGACGCAAAGAGAUCUAUGUGAAAAGGCCCCCAAAGUUGAGAGAGACGUUGGAAAAUCAUUGGGUGGAGAUGCCAAUCCCCCUGAAUCUCUAAGGUAUCGAGAAUUCCAAUCCGCCAUUGCAUUGUCUCAUCCUAGGAUAUAUUCUGCUACUACUGAUAUGCUGUGUUUCAGACAAUAAUGCCAAAAAUCUUGAGCCAUUACUGCUAGAACUUUAGAUUUUAUUUUUAAAAAAAAAAUUUUUUCUCCUAGGUGGUUGAUAUAACGCACCGCUGAGACGUUGUCCAUCUUGAUUAGGAUAGAGCAUGAGAUGCCUGAGGGAGUCAUGCUGCAAAUGGCAAAAUGCUGCUAGCAGUCCUAGGCAGUUGAUGUGUAGCCACGUUUCUUAGUUGGACCAGCUGUCUCUGGUGGAAACUGACCCGCAAUGCGUGCCCCAGCCGUGUAAGCUGGCGUCCGACUCUAUGAUGAGAUCUGGUGUAGACCCAAAUAUUGCCCGUCCGUUCCACGCCUCCAUGUGGGCUAACCACCAUGUCAACUCCUCUCUGGAGUCUUCGUCCAGCGUAACACAGGUUUCGUAUGAGUGUCCGGAGCGCAGGUACAAGGCUUUGAGUCUUUGUAGGGCACGAUAAUGUAACGGGAAGAUAGUUUGUAUGGACGAUGCCAAUAGUUCUACGACCCUCGCAAGUUGUCUGAGGGAAAUGGUCGUACGAUGCAGUCGUCUGAUCUCUUUCUUGAUCUUAAUUAUUUUGUGAGUCCACCUGAAAUUCCAUGUAUUGGGAGGGUAGAAGGACUGAUUUCUCCCAAUUCACCAAGAAUCCUAAGUUUUAGAGAAAGUGGGUCGUCCAAGACAGGUGAACAUGUAGUUGGGAUUGAGACUGAGAAAGGAGAAGCAUAUCGUCCAGGUAAAUGAUUAAUCUGACCCCUCGUGUGCACAGGAAGGCAAUCACUGGCUUCAGUACCUUUUGUGAAGCACCAUGGAGUAGAGGACAAGCCAAAUGGCAGACAUACAAACCUCCACUUCGUUCCUCGCCACUGAAACUGCUGUAGGUCUUGAUGUGCUUCCGCGACAGGGAUUGUCAGAUAAUCAUCCCGUAAAUCUAGUUUGACCAUCCAAUCUGACGGUAGCAGGAUCUCCCAAAGGCAAUGUAUACCUUCCAUUUUGAAGUGGUGGCACUGGACAAAUGCAUUUAGGGGUCAGAGACUGAUUACUGGGCGUAACCCGCCCCCUUUCUUGGGGACCAGAAACAGGUUGCUCACAAACCCUUCUGUGUCCCACAGGAUUUGUUGAAUAGUGUGUUUUGAUGCCAAAUCUGCGAUCUCUACCGAGAUCAUUGUGUGGUGUUCAUCGGGCAUGUUCAGCCCUUGAGGGAACUGCACCUGAAUAGGGUGAGAGACUAGCUCCAAUUUAUCGUAUUCAAUACCCAAACAUCUGGGGUUAGGAGUUUCCAAGCUGGUAAAACAGUGCCAUUUUCCCCCCCCACACACUUUUACAUGGGAAAAACUGAGAUAAUCGGUACUUAACAUAAGGCUGGCCCCAGCUCAUUGGUUGCCAUACUGACCAUUGGGCUCUAUCUUCAGGAGUAUCGCCUUGCAGCGCUCGGUUGACAUAGCAGUAUUGGCAUUACCCACUAUGCAGACCAACCUCUGCAACCAACCUUUCGCUACUUCACCCGAUUGGGCAGAUUCCACCAAUUCAUAGAACUUAGAGAUGGGCCAGAGGGUGUCCAGGAACUUGUCCUGGCAGUUCUGAAGUGAAAAAUCUAGACCUUUCCUCGGUUUCCAACCUGACUUAUUAAAGAAUUGGACAGAGGAUCCAAGUCCGGGGUUUUCCCCACUGAGUCUGGAGGGAUGGGCCGCGUGCAUUCUCCCCGUAGCUUGCUACGCACCUCCUUGGGCAAAGGUUUCCGCACUUUUAGUGGAGGGUAUCCUGUGAUGUGCUCAGGCGGCUCCCAUUCCGCUGAGCGAGGAUGAUGACCAUCUGGGUCAAACAACUGGUUACCCUGAGGGUCCCAAAGACCGUUGCCCUCGCCCGAUCCGGCAGGCUCCGCGCCCUGAGCCGUAACCUUCUGGGUCGCAGUGAUUGCUUUCACAUCAGACCCAGAAUCUGAAUUUUCCGCACCAUAUUGAUCCAUAUAGGAAUAGUCAUAUUCUUCCUCCUGAAUCGGACGAGUCCUCCUGGGUACGUGCCCGCUUCCCACGAAUAGAGCCCGGCCAUGGGGUCUAUUGCGCAGUGGUAUCGCGCCAUCCUCGACAACUUGAGGCGUGUCAUUCAGUACAGGCCGAAUCUGCAGUUUUGGAGGGGAAAUAUUAUGUCUGCUUUUAACCAAAGCUUUGCGCCCCGGUUGUUCCACAAUCGUGGUUCCCGGAUUUUGUGUGCGUGUGUGCCCUGAGGGCCACUACCCUGAGUCUGCAGCAAUGCUUGGGCUAUUGAAUGUGUGAUAGAAGACGACAUUACCCCCAUCACGGAGGCCAAAGCCUUGUUAAUGGAUUGUGCCAUUGUAGAAUCGAGGAAGGAUUGAAAUUCAUUGGAUGCCAUGAGGCUGGUGUCAUCCCUACAAUCCCUGCCCGAGGGGUGAACCCCUGGUGUGGGACACACCGACCCUGCAGGUCUCUGUCUGAUCCUGCAUAAUGAUUUUGCAAUGAUUUGUUUGCAAUCAUUAUCUGCCCACAGGGAAAGAUACUCCCAAUCACACUCGGGGUCAAAUUUACUAGGCCCAAUAAAUCAAUGCUACUAGCAAGUAGCUCAAGGGUUAAGUAACAGUACCUAAAGUGACCUAUUGGGAAAACAAUCCUAGCUAAGGCUAAAGAACAAAAGGCGUCAGGAUAGAGUAAUCUUCCACACCAACACUUACAAUGGGUCUGGGAGUGCACCAGGAGGGUAGGAGAAGCAGUUAUCCACCUUUUACAACAAUCUGCUGAAAUUCCCGCUGAAAACACAAUAAAAAUGGGCGCCGCAAGUGAAAGUAUACACGCGCGGCGACAGAAACCAAAGAUGGCCGCUGUGGGGCGAAUUGUGCAUGUGCGGCAGGUAGAAAUGGGAAAACCGGCUGUCCGAGCGAUACGAAAUUGCUGACCGGUCCGCGGACACUCAUGGUAAGUAGCCCAGCUAUACUACCAAUGGGGCUGCCAGUGCAGGGACGGGAAUAAGUGGAAGAAAUACCCAGAGGUAUGGGGCAAGAAAAAAAAAAAAGGGUCCCAGAGACGUCAAUAGGCAGUACUCCCAGACACCAACAGGACUUUAUAAAACAGCAGUAAUUAGUGAGAAAUAAACAUACACCAUACAUAAAUCUGCACAAAAAGCACACAUAUAUGUAUAACACUCAAGGAUUAGCAAGAGAUGGAGUACUUAACUGGUCUGAGGGAGCAACAAGAAAGAGGAGGAGUCAAGGAGCCACACCUAUAUGGAUAGUACUGGAUGCUGAUUGGUGCCACUGUUACCAGGCUGUUGUUAUGUUUUUUCUAUGAUUCUCUCAUACUUCCUUUCUUGCUGCUGGGAGUAAAUAAAGAGAGAGAAUGCAUAAUACUCGCCUCUGUGUCUUUAAUACAAUCUCAGUUACUUUUAAUUUUAAACCCUUAAGGACGGAGGGCGUACUAUUACGCCCUGCAGGAGCCGGCUCUAAACACCGGCGGGCGUAAUAGUACGCCCUCACUUUAAUGGCCGCCCAUGUGGCCGGCGCUAGUCGCCCGCUGCAGAUCGCGGUCGGGGGGGAUGCCCGGCCCCCCAGGCAACCCCCCCUGUGGCCGGUGACCGCGAUCUGCAGUCACUGAUCGCAGUGACAGGCUGUCACUGUGAUCAGUUUUUAACGUGUGUCAGCCGAUUUCAAAUCGGCUGACACACGUGGCCAGCGGCUACCCCGUGCAGAUCGCGGUCGGGGGACUUACCUGGCCCCCCAGGCAAUCCCCCUGGGGUCAGUGACCGCGAUCUGCACCUUCUGAGAUCGCAGUGACAGGCUGUCACUGUGAUCUCAGUGCGCUAUAAUCGCAGUGACAGCCUGUCACUGCGAUCAGUGUUACAUGUGUCAGCCUAUUGGCACAAACUGGCUGGCACAAAGAUCCCCCUGCAGAUUGGAAGGGGGGAGUGCUUGUACCACCCAGGCACUCCCCCCUGUGGCCAAUUACCCAAUCUGCAGGAGGUGAUCACAGUGACAGGCAGUCACUGUGAUCACUGAUCCUGUGUGUCAGCCAGUGAUGUAAAAAAAAAAAAAAAAAUUACAGUUACAUAUAAAAUAUACUUAGAUCAUAUAUAUUAUAUAUAUGAUCUAAGUAUAUAUAUAUAUAUACACACACACACACAUUUACACAUACACGAAGUGUAUUUAAAUAUUAAUAUAUAUAAUUAUUUAUAUAUAUAUUACUAUUGAAUUACACGUAGACUGAUACUAAUUAAAUAUAUAUAUAUAUAUAUAAUUAUUGUUAUAUAUAUAUAUAUAUAUUUAUAUAUAAUAUAAAAAAAUGUAAAUACGUAAAAUAAAUUUAAAAAAUAAUUAAAAAUAAAUAAUUAAAAAAUAUAUAGAUGUUUGUUAUUUCGUUCUAACUGUAUUGUGAUAUUAAUAUAUAUAUAUUUAUAUCAAAAUACACGUAGAACGAAAUAUAUAUAUCUAUAUACAUAAAUAUAUACGUAUAUAUAACUAUAUAUAUACACCUAUAUAAAUAAAAAUAUUUUAAAAAAUUAUAUAUAUAUAUAUAUAUGUGUGUAUAUAUACACAUAUAUAUAUAUAUGUAUAUAUACAUAUAUUAAUUCUACACAUAUAUUUAUGUAAUAUUUUUACAUAAUUAGGUAUCCUAAUUAAUUACAAUUAGCGGGACCUGCCUGACAACCCAUGCCGAAAUUAUAGGGAAUUUAAUUUGCUAGCACUAUAUUUAACCCUAUAACGUUCCAAGACACCAUAAAACCUGUAAAUUGGGGGUACUGUUUUACUCGGGAGACUUCGCUGAACACAAAUAUUAGUGUUUCAAAACAGUAAAAUGUAUUACAACAAUGAUAUCGCCAGUAAAGUUUUUGCAUUUUUCACGCACAAACAGCACUUACACGGAUGAUAUUAUUGCUGCAAUACUUUUUACUGUUUUGAAACACAAAUAUUUGUGUUCAGCGAAGUCUCCUGAGUACAACAGUACCCCUCAUGUACAGGUUUUAUGGUGUUUUCAAAAGUUACAGCGUCAAAUAUAAGGCUUGUGUUUCAUUUUUUUCACAUUAAAAUUCGCCAGAUUGGUUACGUUGCCUUUGAGACCCUAUGGUAGCCCAAGAAUGAAAAUUACCCCUAUGAUGGCAUACCAUUUGCAAUAGUAGACAACCCAAGGUAUUGCAAACAGGGUAUGUCCAGUCUUUUUUAGUAGCCACUUAGUCACAAACACUGGCCAAAAUUGGCGUUUUUUGCAUUUUUCACACACAAACAAAUACUAACGCUAACUUUGGCCAGUGUUUGUGACCAAAUGGCUACUAAAAAAGACUGGACAUACCCCAUUUGCAAUACCUUGGGUUGUCUACUAUUGCAAAUGGUAUGCCAUUAUGGGUGUAAAUUUCAUUCCCGGGCUACUAUACAGUCUCAAAGGCAACAUAACCAAUCUGGCGAAUUUCAAUUUCAAAUGUAACGUGCUAUAUUUGACCCUGUAACUUCCCAAAACGCCAUAAAACCUGUACAUAGGGGGUACUGUUUUACAUGUGAGACUUUGCUGAAUACAAAUAUGUGUAGAACAAGAGAGGAAAAAAUUAGAGGUGGACUAAGUCCACAUCAAUAGUUCCCAGAAAGGGUUACAGAGAUAUCAAGGGGCAUAACCCCACAAAAUGAUUUAGGAGAACAGGACUAAAGUGAAGUGGUUAUUCCACUAAAGAUGGAAAGAAUUGGACAUCCACUUCACCAAAUGAUAUCUCUAACUGGUUAAAAUAAUUAUUAGGUAUAACCUUUAUUAAGCCGUCUUAAGCAAAACAAAAAAAUAGUACAGUGUAAUAAUGGUGAAAUACUCGUGAAAAACAACACGUGAAAUAAAAACUGGGUAGAUGUAGUGUGGAUAUCCUCAAGAUAUAGUAAAGUGAUAUCUUCGCUGGAAAUUAUAGUAACAAGUAGGAUAUAGUACAACAUAUAUUCAGUCGAAUGCCACACAAUCGUUCAUCAAGGAGAAAAGAGAAAAGGGAAAUACUUUUUCCCUAAUCUGCAGGGAUCCAAAAAUAUCCCAGCUUUAUAGAGGUAAAUCCACAGACAAUCCCAUAGAUCCUAAUAAACUUUACAAAGCAUAUACUUUAGAUCUCAAUAGAUAAUCUCCAUAAGAGUAAAUCUUAUAAUAAAGUUUGUCUAAAGUAUUGCAAAAAAGAAAGAAAUUCUAGGGAGAAAAAGGGGGGGAGACACCCUGCAUGUGUAGUUUGCUACUUAGUAUUUAGUACCUAGAUAGAGUAUAGAUAAUUAGUGCUUAGUAGAGGGAGUAUCACAGUAUACAGGUGAAAGCUUAGAUAAAUCUAAGGAGGUGGUUAAGCAAAAUAAUCCUGGGGGUUAGUACAUAGGUGUCUCAUGAUGAUAGUACACUGAAUUAAAAGUGCAGUCUUAUAUAUAUAGAGAGGCACCACCCAACAGAUGAAAAGAUCUUUCCUUGGAGCACAAACCCACCUGGAUAGAUUAAAAAAUCAAAACCUAUACUGGCUAAAUAUAACUCCUACACAUACUAAGCACUGCUGCUUCAAGGCAGCCUCACGCUACAGAUCGCUCACUGAACGCUCUAAAUAAGUAUAACACAUAGAGCUCCUAGUGACAAUGCUUGCUGUUGCCGCGGAGGUACUAAAUAAACUAGAUAAGUGCUCCAAAAGAGUCCCCCAAUAUACGUGACUAAAUCACUUCAUACAUCCCCCAGUAUUAAGAACAAAGAAAACGGCAAACGCUCAACGCGCGUUUCGGCGUAAUCACACGCCUUUGUCAAGAGCUACUGGCACAGCAUGCUAAGGGAGGAUAGAUUUAUACCGCAAAGGGUGCCGCCCACCAAGUUUCGUGUUCCAAUCCGCUUGACUGGGGGCGUGGUUAUCUAAUAACCGCACCCUCCUCCAUCUAAUAGCUUGUCAAUCAAAGGUACCCGUAUGCACAUACAGCGUUCUUCGUUACUAUAGUAACGCAACCAGCCUGAUUGUGCACUACAGGUUAUCUGUCAGCUCACAGAAUACCUCUUCGGGAUCCGUUAUCAAUAUUGAGCAGAUGUUACUUAACUACAUAUAGGGAGUAUAUUUAGAUUCAACAUUUUGUUACACCGGAUUAACCUUAAAGUAAUAAAGGGGAUAUACUUAGAAACCCCUUCAUUGCAAAGGGGGGGAAAAGAGAAAAUAUACAUCCCAGAGUCAAUUAUAAGGCUCAAAAUGCGGUUAUCAUUUUAGUCUAUCGAUCACUGUGAUAGUGAUAAUUACUGAUAUGGUAUUAAUUGAACUUAACCUCAAUUAAGUGAGGAUCAAUCAUGUGUGUUAAUUUAUUGAACACUGAUCCACCAUAGAUGAUGAUUGAGUAUGUUGUUAAAUCAAUUCUAUAUAUUUAUAUAUCGAGCAAUGUUCUACCAUAAGAAUAAAUUAAAUGUUAUUAAAUAUUACUCCCACAAUUGCCAUAUCAUGGCAGAUUAUAAAGUAUAUCCAUAGAUUGACAAAGGCGGUAUUACAGUCCAGAAAAGUGCCAGGUAUAGAGCAUAAAUACCAAAAAAUUAUUAUCAUAGACAUGGAUCACAUAUAAAGUACAUUAUAAACAGACACAUAAGUUUUCUAUUAUAUUCUACAUAUUUACAUAUAUUUACAGAGUGUGUAGUUAGUGAUAGUCACUCCAUUCUAACUACAAUCAGUGACCAAACCCUAUGUGUUAGAUGUAGGGGGAAAAAGAAAACCCUUCAUUCAAGCCAUUUGGGUUAAGGGUUUUUAGUUUGUAUAUCCACCUACAUUCUUUUUGACGUAGGAGUUUGUCAUAAUCUCCUCGUCUCUGAUCACGUUUGACCCAUUCCAGUCCACAAAACCUAAUUAUACUGGAAUCACCCGCAUGACAGUUUUUUAGAUGUCUCGAAAUUGGAGUUUCCAUGCGGUUUUUUGGAGAUCUUACAUGUUCUUUGAUUCGUUCCUUGAAAGGUCUAAAAGUUUUUCCUACAUACAUCAUGUUGCAGUCACAGAUGAGAAGGUAUACCAGUCCAGCCGUAUUACAGUUAAAGAAAUGGGUAAUCUCAAAACGCUGUUGCCCAGCACUAUCUUGGACUCUCUUUGAGUCCCGAAGGAUGUACUUACAGGCAACGCAUCUACCACACCCAUAGGAACCACAGGGGGGAUUUCGGCCCAACCAUGUCGAUUUAUUUUGUUUCAUUGAGAAAUGGCUUGGUACCAACAUAUCACGAAGGUUUUUUCCCCUGCGUGCUGUAAUAGUUGCCUUAGGGCUAAGGACGUCUUUAAGAUGGACAUCCUUAAGAAGAAUAGGCCAAAAUUUAUCAAUUGACCUUUUCACUGUGUUCCAUCCUGUAUCAAAGGUCCCAAUCAUACGGAUAGUCUUGUUCGACGGUUUUUGUUUAGGUUGAUCCAAAAUAAGAUCAUCUCUGUUAAGUUCUAUAGCUCUUUUAUAUGCUUUUUUAAGGCAUUUAUUCGGGUAACCUUUUUCCCGAAAUUGUUGUCUUAGUAGAGCUGCUUUUACCUUAAAAUCCGAUAGGUCCGUACAAUUCCUACGUACCCUCAAGUAUUGUCCUACCGGGAUGCCUUGUUUAAGGGGCCUUGGAUGAAAGCUAUCCCAUCUGAGGAAUGCAUUGGAUGCUGUAGGUUUCUUGAAGAGGGUUGUUUUCAGAGACCCAUUCAUGUUGAUGGAGAUGGUUAUGUCCAGAAAAUUUAAAGUCUGUCCUCCAAAUUCUGAUGUAAAUCUAAGAUUUUCUUCGUUUACAUUCAGCAGAGAGACAAACUCAUUAAAGUCUUCUUCAUCACCCAGCCAGACAAUAAAGACAUCGUCUAUAUACCUAAGCCAUGUAUGUAUUUUAGGUACAUAGCUCAAGAGGGUGCUUGAUUUCAUGAUCUGUGACUCCCACCAGCCUAAAUGGAGGUUGGCGUAGGAGGGCGUACACGCCGUACCCAUCGCCGUCCCCCUUAUCUGGUGAAAGAAUUUGUCAUGGAAUAGAAAAUAAUUAUGAGACAGAAUGUAACCUAGAAGUUUUAGUACAAACCCAGUAUGAAGAGUAUGAUUGGGACCUCUCUGAUCUAGAAAAAAUCUAGUAUGUUCGAUACCCCGUUCAUGGGGAAUUGAAGAAUAGAGGGCCUCAACGUCCAAACUACAGAGCUUUGCUGAAGUGGGUAGCUGAAGAUUCAAGAAAAAUGAUAAUGCCUGUUUUGUAUCUCUAACAUAUGAAGGUAGUUGUUCAACAAAAGGUCUUAUUAUUUUUUCAAUAUACAGGCUCCCAUUUUGAGUCAGAUUAUCAACUCCAGAAACAAUGGGGCGACCCGGUGGAAAUUGUGUAUUCUGAUGGAUUUUGGGUAGGCAGUAGAAGGUUGCUAUCCUGGGGCAUCGAUUCAAAAUGAAUUCAUAUUCAUCCCCGGACAGCAACCCCCCACUGCGGCCCUCAUCCAAUAUUUCCUUAUAUUUUGUUAAAAAUGAGUUUGUAGGGUCAGCUUUCAAGAUCAUAUAAGUAUCUUUAUUCUCUAAGACCUUCUGCACCAUAUUUUCAUGUAGAAUAUAAUAGAAAACUUAUGUGUCUGUUUAUAAUGUACUUUAUAUGUGAUCCAUGUCUAUGAUAAUAAUUUUUUGGUAUUUAUGCUCUAUACCUGGCACUUUUCUGGACUGUAAUACUGCCUUUGUCAAUCUAUGGAUAUACUUUAUAAUCUGCCAUGAUAUGGCAAUUGUGGGAGUAAUAUUUAAUAACAUAUUUAAUUUAUUCUUAUGGUAGAACAUUGCUCGAUAUAUAAAUAUAUAGAAUUGAUUUAACAACAUACUCAAUCAUCAUCUAUGGUGGAUCAGUGUUCAAUAAAUUAACACACAUGAUUGAUCCUCACUUAAUUGAGGUUAAGUUCAAUUAAUACCAUAUCAGUAAUUAUCACUAUCACAGUGAUCGAUAGACUAAAAUGAUAACCGCAUUUUGAGCCUUAUAAUUGACUCUGGGAUGUAUAUUUUCUCUUUUCCCCCCCUUUGCAAUGAAGGGGUUUCUAAGUAUAUCCCCUUUAUUACUUUAAGGUUAAUCCGGUGUAACAAAAUGUUGAAUCUAAAUAUACUCCCUAUAUGUAGUAACAUCUGCUCAAUAUUGAUAACGGAUCCCGAAGAGGUAUUCUGUGAGCUGACAGAUAACCUGUAGUGCACAAUCAGGCUGGUUGCGUUACUAUAGUAACGAAGAACGCUGUAUGUGCAUACGGGUACCUUUGAUUGACAAGCUAUUAGAUGGAGGAGGGUGCGGUUAUUAGAUAACCACGCCCCCAGUCAAGCGGAUUGGAAUACGAAACUUGGUGGGCGGCACCCUUUGCGGUAUAAAUCUAUCCUCCCUUAGCAUGCUGUGCCAGUAGCUCUUGACAAAGGCGUGUGAUCACGCCGAAACGCGCGUCGAGCGUUUGCCGUUUUCUUUGUUCUUAAUACUGGGGGAUGUAUGAAGUGAUUUAGUCACGUAUAUUGGGGGACUCUUUUGGAGCACUUAUCUAGUUUAUUUAGUACCUCCGCGGCAACAGCAAGCAUUGUCACUAGGAGCUCUAUGUGUUAUACUUAUUUAGAGCGUUCAGUGAGCGAUCUGUAGCGUGAGGCUGCCUUGAAGCAGCAGUGCUUAGUAUGUGUAGGAGUUAUAUUUAGCCAGUAUAGGUUUUGAUUUUUUAAUCUAUCCAGGUGGGUUUGUGCUCCAAGGAAAGAUCUUUUCAUCUGUUGGGUGGUGCCUCUCUCUCUCUAUAUAUAUAUAUAUAUAUAUAUAUAUAUAUAUAUAUAUAUAUAUAUAUAUAUAUAUAUAUAUAUAUAUAUAAGACUGCACUUUUAAUUCAGUGUACUAUCAUCAUGAGACACCUAUGUACUAACCCCCAGGAUUAUUUUGCUUAACCACCUCCUUAGAUUUAUCUAAGCUUUCACCUGUAUACUGUGAUACUCCCUCUACUAAGCACUAAUUAUCUAUACUCUAUCUAGGUACUAAAUACUAAGUAGCAAACUACACAUACAGGGUCUCUCCCCUUUUUCUCCCUAGACUUUCUUUCUUUUUUGCAAUACUUUAGACAAACUUUAUUAUAAGAUUUACUCUUAUGGAGAUUAUCUAUUGAGAUCUAAAGUAUAUGCUUUGUAAAGUUUAUUAGGAUCUAUGGGAUUGUCUGUGGAUUUACCUCUAUAAAGCUGGGAUAUUUUUGGAUCCCUGCAGAUUAGGGAAAAAGUAUUUCCCUUUUCUCUUUUCUCCUUGAUGAACGAUUGUGUGGCAUUCGACUGAAUAUAUGUUGUACUAUAUCCUACUUGUUACUAUAAUUUUCAGCGAAGAUAUCACUUUACUAUAUCUUGAGGAUAUCCACACUACAUCUACCCAGUUUUUAUUUCACGUGUUGUUUUUCACGAGUAUUUCACCAUUAUUACACUGUACUAUUUUUUUGUUUUGCCUUAAGACGGCUUAAUAAAGGUUAUACCUAAUAAUUAUUUUAACCAGUUAGAGAUAUCAUUUGGUGAAGUGGAUGUCCAAUUCUUUCCAUCUUUAGUGGAGUAACCACUUCACUUUAGUCCUGUUCUUACAAAUAUGUGUAUUUUAUUGCAGUAAAAGCAAACAGUAUUAUGACACUGACCGUUAAAAUGUCAUGUAGAACUAAAAAAAUCAAAAAAAAAUCUUAUUUUCUCCCAUUUUUUUCAUAUUAAAUUAUGUUUCAUAGCUAAAUAUUUGAUAUUAAAUGAAAGCCCUGUUUCCCUGAAUAAAAUGAUAUAUAAUAAGGGUGGGUGCAUUUACUAUGAAAGAGGUGAAUUACGGUUGGACAGACAUGUAGCGCAAAUGCCAGGUUUUGUUUACAUUUUGUUUCGUUCACAACGUGUACAUUUGGCUCCGUCCUUAAGGGGUUAAAAUCUGCUGCUGCACUUGGGGAACACCUGUGGUAAAGAUAAAUUUACUACAUAACACAGAUUUGCUUGCAAAUUGUUUAUUUUUCUUCCCAGUUUAAUCUAUGGGCAUUCUCUUUAGCCAUUACCAUUGUCAUUCUAUAGAAGACAUUGAUAAUCCCACUUAAUAUCUCAAUUUUAAAAAUUGACACUGAACCUGGAGAGUGAGCCUGCAAUAUAUUCAUUUCAUAUUGAAAUGGAAAAAUCAAUUAAUACAUUGAUUAUUUCUUUGUGUAUCUGCCCCUGGCCAAAUCAAUGAAAACAAUGCGUGCACGCUCCCUGAAGUAAUUCACACCAGACACAGGUUCCAGGUUGUUGAAUAACUUGAGGAAUGUUUAUUCUGAGGGGACGGCAUGUCCCUUAUAAAGCAAAAUUACAUCAUAAGCAUUGUCAGAGAUAACAUGGAAUAAUACAUCAGUAAUUGGUUAGGUGUUAAGUGGUCUCCCUAAUGCUCUGCCUACUGAGGGUGAUGUCACCAGGACCAUGAGGGUCUCCCACGGUUUUCCGGCGCCAUCUUGCUGCACGAGGUAGUUAGUCGGUGUUAGAGGGGAGGGGGAGGAGGGGUUAGAAGCUUCUAGCAGCCAUCUUGAUUAAAACACGUGUGUAUAGCUUCAUAUAGUAUAUCGUGGAAUGAGUAAAUAGACAUUUUUACUAAUUAGGAAAUAUGUGUAGACCUUAUUUCCACAACACAUAUGUAAUAGUUUUGCCUCUAAUUUAAAUAUUUUGUUUCCAUUAUUGUCUAUGGGCAUUCCACUGCUUUGUUAAAGUCUAUGGGCAUUCCAAUCUGUCAUUCCUUUUAGUAUGUCCCCAUUCUUAAAGGACCACUAUAGGCACCCAGAUCACUUCAGCUUAAUGAAGUGGUGUGGGUGCCAGGUCCAUCUAGGUUUAACCCUUUUUGCUGUAAACAUAGCGGUUUCAGAGAAACCGCUAUGUUUACCUAUAGGUUAAUCCAGCCUCUAGUGGCUGUCUCAUUGAUUUUCACAGUGAGAAGAUGCCAGCGUCCAUUGAGAAUGCUUUCCUAUGGACUGGCUGAAUGCGCGCGCGGCUCAUGCCGCGUAUGCGCAUUCAGCCAGGGACAUCAGAAGAGGGAGGAGAGUCCCAGUGCCGAGGGAGCCCGGCGCUGGAAAAAAAAGGUAAGGGAUUGACCCCUUUCUCCCCCCUCAGCGCCACGGGAGUGGGGCCUUGAGGGUGGGUGCACCCUCAGGGCACUAUAGUGCCAGGAAAACGAGUAUGCACUAUAGUGGUCCUUUAACGUGUAACAUAUUUCCAUACUGAAUUCACUUUUUUAAUACUCCUAAAAAAUAUAGCAGUAUCAGGGGUAGUCUCUGUUGCACUGGAUAAAGCAAUGGCACUAUAGUAAGCAACUUGUAGUGAAAGUUAUAUUGGGUCACGACACAAACCAUAACAACUGGAUCCUAUUGUGGUCAGUAUGGUAAUGGAAGGCUGCAGGUGUAUCCCCUGAUUCUGAGUAAUCCCAUUUUCCAGUUAUUUAAAGUAGCUCUGUCACUGUUUGGGGCAAGGUCUUUGCAUAAUUUGCAAAAUCCCCUCUAGUUUUAAUACAGUGGCCAAGGGGUGAGUUUUAAUUACCUGAACCUUUCCCACCUGUCCGCCAUCAUCCUCUUCCAGCCAGUCCUCUUUAGCUCAUGGCCUGUCAUCAUGCAUGAGAGUACAACACUGACGUCUAUGGAAGAUCACAAAAGACCGUGGCAUCCUCCGCAGACUGUCCCUACUUAUACUUAUUUAGGAGGAGGGCAGUGCUGCUUUAACUGGGAAUGGUUGAAAUUUGCAUUAGCAGUAUCAAUCUCAUUUAUAUUUGGAUGACAUUAAAUAUCUGAACCUGCCAGCUGAUGCACUCAGUCUAUUACUGCUGCCCAAAUAUGACUAAAACGGUUAUUGCUAAUGCAGAAGUCAACACCACCUCUAGCAGAAUGGCCCAGGCCUCAGGGAAUCUGGUUCUGUUCAAACCAUUAAAAGAAAUAACCAAGGGGGACAGCUCCACAGCAGCCUGUUAGUACCAUAACCAGUGCAACAUGAUGUGGUCUAGAAACACUGCUGUAUAUAGUCCAAGUUUACUGUAUACAGUACAUUAUAAAAUAGUAGUUUUGUCCUGGCUCCUAAAAUUUUCAUAUUGGCUCCUCAAUAGGUUUACAUGUAAGAUAAAAACCUAGGAUGUGUUUGCAGAACAUACCCAAAUUGGUCAUUUUAGUUCCCUAUCAUAAUCUCUGAAGAGUAAACCGCUGGUGAAUUUCUCACUAAUGUGGGCGAAAGUUUAAUUCAACUAACCUGCAAUUACAGAUCAUUUAAGAGGGAACUGUAAACUCAAGGAAAAAAUACCUAGAUUAGUUAAUUUUUGCAGCUUGACUGUUUUGUGCAUUUCCCCUGUGCAUGUCUCAUUUCCACGUUUGUAAUAUCAAUGUCAUCCAUAUUUUAACACCAUUUCUUAGUGGAGUAUGUCAGCAGAGGGCUUGUAGUGGUUAAGGAUCCUAGACUGCUCCUUUAAGUAAAAAUCCAAUUCUUCUUUUAAUUUUGUGUAUUUUUCUAUAUGCUGACUAAAGAAAUCAAAAAUCUCUGUUCUUCACUUUUAGGACACAGUCCCAUUAUCUACAUUGAUCCUUGGCGAUAAAUCAGACACCACUUCAUGCUCCUUUGCACAGAGAUUAGGUUUGUAUGGGUUAUCCUUUACUUGUGUUUGACCUGUCUGUCAUAUAUUGACACCCUGAGAUGUUUCUAGUAGAUGAUGGAAACAUGUCUACAGGGUUCACUUACAUUUAGUCACAAAGAUCAUAUAAAUGUCAAGCAGUCAGUGUUCUAGUUUAUCCCAUAGGUAUUUGCCUGACAGAUCCAGUAUAGACUCAGCAGCUCCAAAAGCACGUCUUGUGGAAUAAGGGUAACGGUUUAUUCCAUUUACUGAUAGUUGAAUGAACAGUUCAAAUGUUUCCACAACUUUUAUUUGUAGUUACUGAGUCUUUACUGGAUUUCUUCAUAUUAAUUUGGGGUGUGAUGUGUCCCUGGCCAUUUGCAACAGCAAAUGUAGCAAGCUAAAGUGCUUUAGGUGUUUGGAGUAUUUUUUAAAUUUAGAUCCUCUCUUCUUAAAACUUAAAGAGUCACUAUAGUCACCAAAACAACUUUAGCUUAACAAAGCAGUUUUGGUGUAUAGAUCAUGUGCCUGCAGUGUCACUGCUCAAUUCUCUGCCAUUUAGGAGUUAAAUCACUUUGUUUAUGCACCCUAUUUAUACCUUCCUGCAUGUGACUCACACAGUCUUCCUAAACACUUCCUGUAAAGAGUCACCUAAUGUUUAUACUUCCUUUAUUGCAAAUUCUGUGUAGUUUAGAAUUCCUCAUCUCCUACUCUGUUAAUAGCUUUCUAGAGCCUACGGGAGCCUCAUGUGUGUGUCCUUAAAGUUCAAUUUAAUGAGCAGGAGAUAAAAAGAAAAAUUUUAGAGUAAGUUACAACUGAUUAAAAGUGAAACCAUUUUUUUUUUUUUUUCAUUCAGGCUGUGUGACUCACAGCCAGGGGAGUUGAGGCUAGGGCAGCAUGGACAGAAACAAAGGUGAUUUAACUCCUAAAUGACAGUGAAUUGAGCAGUGAAACAUCAGCGGCAUGAUCGAUACACCAAAACGGCUUCAUUAAGCUAAAGUAGUUUUGGUAACACUAGCGUCCCUUUAAAUCUGCUGUCCUCAACUUUUCACUCAUUUUUUUUUUUUUUUUUUAAAGUGUUUUAAAUUUAAUAAAAUGUAAUAUCUUAAAAUGGUCUGUGUGUUUAUCUAUCUAUAUCUAUCUAUAAAAUUUUAUAUAGAAUAUUUAACUUAUCUGGCUGAGCAGCCAUGUUGGGUCAGACUCUACUGUUGCAUGAGCAAAUGCUGCUCAACUUAAUUUGCCUGCUGCAGUUUAACAGAGAGCAGUCAUGCAGCAGGCAAAUUGAGUAGCAGUUUGUCAGAUAACUGUAGAGUCUAUUUUUUUAAAUAGUCGUUUUUGGAUCAACAGCAAAAAUAUAUGUGAGGAAGUCUGAACUUGAUGGAUGCAAGUCUUUUUUCAGCCUAUGUAAAAUAAUUUUUUUAAAUCAUUGCUACAUCACAUGUAAUAAAGUUUUAAAAAAUGAAGAAAAAAUAAAUCUAAUUUGAUGACAGUUGUCCUUUAAGACCUUUCUAAGCUAAUAGUGUACCCAUUCUGACUUUUUGUUUUGUUUUUAGACCACUAAAAACCUUUUAGGCAAAAUGUCAAAAUUGCUAGAGAAAAUAGGCUACAUUUGUAGUUUUGGUGCUUAGUGUCACAAUAAUUUUUAAACAAAAUACACAUUUAAUUGCUGUUAUACUCAGAACUACUCUUCUGAUUCAUUUUCUGAAUGCAAUUCACAUAAAAUUCUCCCCUUUCUGGAUUCUGGCAUUUAUUUACUAAAUGGAUAUCUUUCAAUGUAGGGUAAUAACUGCUUGAUCCAAGGAUAAAUCUGACUGCCAUUCUGGGGUCAAGAAGGAAUUUUUUUCCUAGCUUGUUGCAAAAUUGUGCUUCAGACUGGUUUGUUUUUCCUUCUUUUGGAUCAACAGCAAAAAAACUAAUGUGAGGAAGGCUGAACUUGAUGGACUCAAGUCUCUUUUCAGCUAUGUAACUAUGUAAAUGGAUCAAUGCGGUCAAUUGAAAUUCAAAUUACAAAAUUAUACACAAAAUAGCCAAUUUCUAAAAAUCACAGACUUGGGAGAAUAUUUCAGAGAUGUGAUCAUACAAAUGAGAAAACCUAUUUUCUAUCUUUCUUCCUCUUCUCCCAUGUUGGUUGUUUGGGAUGAAUCCCCGAGAAACAUAUGCUAAUCUUUAUCAUUAGGUUCUGUUAAACCCUUUACUGCAGCUGCCAUGAUUGUUAUGAAAGGGUUGACAAAGUUGAUGCUGUGGUUUAAUGUUUGUAUUUUGUCUUACAGCCAAGAAGACUACAAAACAGGUAUUUGCCAGUAUCAAUAUCCCAAAUAAUGACAGUCAACUCAUGUUGCGGAUAGAGAAACGGAUCAAAGAGGAAAUGGAAGCCUUUCCUGAUAAAUUUUGAUUGAGUCACUUUGCUGCUUUUGAAAGGAAGACCUCGACAUUGCAAUUUACUCAGUGGUGGUUUGGACUCCAAAGCAGUAGAUGUUGGUCAGAUCCAAUAGAAAUCACAAAGUUGUAACAAUGUAUACUAUGUUGCUUAGCUCCCCAGAAAGGGAUGUAACACACAGGAAAGACCAGAAGUAGCCAAGAUCUGAUUUAAUCCCUAUUUAAGUGUGUGAGCUCAUGCUUUUCCUCUGGGAAUGUUUCUAAAUACAGUCUUGUUAAUCACUCAUAACAGUUGGACUUAAGAGACAAGUUUUUUUUUUAAAUAUAUAUUUUAAUAAAGAAUGUUUCAAAUGAGUUGUUGUGGUCACUGUGGAGGAAAACACAUUAUACAAUCACAGUGUAAAAUAAGAUUAGGUGCAAUACAGAAUGUGAUCUUACUGAGCAGUACAACUAAACAUUAAAGAUAAAUAGGCUUGUCCAA